AACUAAAUAACACUUUUUUAUUUGGCAACGACUGUCAAUAACUAUCAGUACUUUUGUAAUGAAUAAUUUUUUAAUUUUCAUUCAUCAAAGCUUUUUAUAAAGUUUAUUUAUUAAAUAUAAGUUAAAUAAUAGAUGAUUUAAUUAAUACAUAUUUCAAUUAUUAUAAAUAUUUGAUUUUGUUUUCACUAAAUAAAUCUAAUAAAUGAUUUGCAAGUGCAGGCAAAAAUGGUUUUAAAAAGUACUGAGGUGUUCCAAGAUAUUUAUUAGGAAAAGUUCUUUUUAUAAACAUGGAAAUAUGUUCUAGAACACAGCGUUGUAAAGUAGCAAAAAUUGUUAGCACAAUGCUAACUAAUUUACAAAGUAAAGAAAAUUUAAUUAAUGAAGAAGUGAUAGUAAACAAUGCAAUUAAAAUUCUACCUCAACAUGAUCCACAUGUAUCCUCAAAUUGGGAGAAUGAUAUAUAGGAAAUUGAUUUGUCACAAAGUGCAUUUACAGAAAUUCCAUCAUAUGGAGCUUUAAAUAAUGAUUUUGUUUACAAUGACUUAUCAGAAUUUAGCAAUGAUUCUGAUAAUGAGUCAAUCUCAAGUUCAUUGAGCAGUGAUGACUACAAUAUACAAGAAGAACUUCGGCAAUGGAUAAUUAAAUGCAAUGUUUCACAUAGGCUGUUAAUGCUUUGUUAAAAAUAUUUAAAAAUGUGGGCGUUCAUGUUCCAAAAGAUGCAAGAACUUUAUUAAAAACACCAUCUAGUGUUUUACAAAAAGUAGUUGCAGGUGGUGUGUAUCAUCAUGUUGGAGUUGAAAAUGCAAUUAGAAUACUCCUGCAAACAAAACAGUUGCCUGCUGAUUGUGUAAAUCUAAAAUUAAAUAUUAAUAUUGAUGGUCUACCAGUUUUUCGUAGCUCAAAUAUACAGCUAUGGCCUAUUUUAGGUUCUAUAAUUGAAGUAUCUUUGAGUGAUGUUUUUAUUUAUUGGACUUUAUUCAGGCAUAACAAAACCAUCUCCACCAUCUGAAUAUUUAAAAAAAUUUGGUACAGAAAUGAAACACCUAGGUUUUAAAGGUAUAAAUUUUUUGAAUAAACACUAUACAGUAACUAUAAAUGCUGUUAUUUGUGACGCCCCUGCCAGAGCUUUUAUAAAAUGCAUUAAAGGGCAUUGUGGCUAAAAUGCCUGUAAGCGUUGCACACAAGAAGGUGUGUAAUGUUCAAAUAAAUGAUUUUCCCUAAGUUAGAUGCACCAUUAAGAACUGAUGAAGAUUUUCUUGCACAAAAGGAUGAAGAGCAUUAUACUCCAAAUAUGGUAUCUCCGCUUACUAAACUCAAUAUUGGCAUGGUUUCUAAUUUCCCUUUAGAUUAUAUGCACAUAAACCACAUAAUUAAUAAACCACAUUAACAAAUUAAUAAACCACAUAAUCCAAUUUCUCAAAUUAAUAAACAAUGUGAAGAGAAGGCAUUUGCUAAACUGCAAAAUAGAAAUUCAAUGUAUGUUGAAAAAUAAGCUGCUACACUUUUACAAAAAAAACAUUCAACAGGUUUGAUGCCUUCAAAUUUGCCUCCAGGAUAUUACCAGCAAUAUAAAAACUACAAAGGAAAAAAGUAUUUUGUUUCAACUUCUUUACGCGACAGUUGUUUUAAAAUUUAUGGGAUAUUAUGUUUUGUCAAAAAUAUCAUACUAUCAAAUAAUAACGAAAUUCUUGUUGUUUACAAUUCUGUUACUGAAUUUAGUUCCUUUUUUGAUUGUCCACUUCAGUCUUCUAUUUUGGAAAUAUUCGUUGUAAACAAAAUUUCAGAUAUUUUAAGGUAUGCUAAUAUGUUAGAUCUUGGAAAGAAGUUUGUCAUCAUACCUUUAGAUAAUAGUAGCUAUUUAGCUAUGCCAUUAUUGCAUCAGGAAUAAGUGAAUACAAAAUUUGCUUGGAACUUAAAAUAAAAUCUUUAAUACAAUCAAUAACUGUAUUGAAUAUAUUGUUACAAGAUUUUUUUACUACUUCUUUAUACAAUUUAAUUUUUUUGCACAUAAAUGUACUAUUUUCCAAGCAUAUACUUGCAUAUUUCUCUUGACAUUUUUAUAAUUAUUUCAGACUAUUAUAUCCAAAUAAGAUCACUUUGGAUAUGUUAAAAUUUUUAAUGUUAUUGCCAGAUAGACAAUGCAGAUUGUGUUUUAUAUUAUAUAAAUGUAUUUAAAUUGUAUUUUAUGUUAUAGAAAUUAUAUAUUGUUUCUGAUGAUUAUUCUUAUUUACCCUCUACCCUCCAAAUUCAGGUAGGAUGUGAGCAAUUUGCAACCUAACUGCUGACUUAGGUCGAUAAGUAAUUUUUCCCAUCUUGUUUCUGUUGUUUUAAUUUUAGCUUAGCAUUUUUAGGGCUGAAAAAUUAAUCAUUAUCUUUAUUAUUUCUUUAUCAAAUUAAAAACAAAUCUUUAAAUAAUUUUAAAAAAAAAUUGAAAAAAGGUUAUUUUCUUUCCUUUAGUGUAUUUAAAAUCAAAUUAACGUAAAAGGUAAAAAGUUGCUUAAGUUUUUAAAUUUAGUUUUAUAGUUUUUGUGUCAAAUUUUGGUAUAAAAAUGGUAAGGUUUAAUUUUUUUGUUUUUUAAAUUGGUUAAAAUGUUCAUAUUGAUCCCUAAAAUUGAUGCGGUAUAAUGAAUAUUCACUAUACCGCAUCAAUUUUAGGGAUUAAUAUGAACAUUUUAACCAAUUUAAAAAACAGAAAAAUUAUUGCCUAGUGGUUUCACCAUCAAUUUUUUGAUGCUAAUGAUUCAAUUUAUAAUAUAAAUUUGUUUAAAUUGAAAAAUAAUUUUUGUUUAAAAUGUUUAAAAUUCUGAUAAAGAAGAGUUUUUGUGGCCUCCAAAAAAGUUAUCAACAAAAGAACUUGGCAAAAGAUAGAGUGGCUUGACUGGGCAUCAAGUGCCCAGUGGGAUAAAUUACAAAUUCGUGUCUUGGGAAAAGCUGGUAUGGGACAUUGUUAUUGUUUUAGGAUUAUUUCAUAUGUUGUUUAUAAAAGUUUGUGUGUUAUUGAGUUAUUUUGAAGCCCCAAUAUUGGAUCAGUUAAUGUCAUGACCAGACCAAUAAAUAUUACACAAGAGCAAGAGAAAAGUUGCAAUAUGCAGAAGUUAAAUUUUACAGAACUGGAGGCUGAAGAAAAAGAUGUCCCGAUUAGGCGAAAAAAGUAUUAAUAGAAUUACUGUGCGCUCAAUACUUGUAUUAGUGUUGAGCAUAUUAGUGUUUAACUUUAUAAUUUCAUACGUUUACUAACUACUAUAAAAAACAUUUGGUAGUUAGAUUUAUUGUUUAGAAUUGCAACUAGAAAAAUUUCAUCACAUUUUGAUUCUGAAAUUGAAUUUGAAAAUGACAGAUUAUUUCCCUCUUAAGAAAAAAAAAUUUGCUGGGAAAACUCAACUAAGUGCCAUAACUCAAAUUCCUCCCCCUUUAUUUUCUAUGCUGUUGUCUGUUUCACCGUCAAGUUCACCAACAUUGAUAUCAACUUCACCAAUAAUGCAAAUAUCUUCUGAAACACCACUUUCAUCUCUUGACAUAGCAACAUUGAUGAAACCAACCCAUUGCCCUCUCCUGUCAGACAUGACAACAGAUUAUUUGUCAAGGACGGUAACAACAACACCACUAGUUCCAAAUAUUGAUGUUGUAACAGUACAAAACAUUGGGAAUGCAUUAUCGUGCAGUAAUAUAUCUAAACAAACAAUGCAUGGGUUAGUAGUACAGUUGCUGAAAGUGUGUGUGGGUAUUCAGCAAACUCAGGCUAUCGACACCAAUAUGCUAAACGCUAUGCUUACUCGAGGCAAUUUUGUUGUGCAGGCUUCAGGGUUACCAGAUGGGGUGAUAUUUCCAAUGGACAACAUGGAAGCUUUUGAUGCAAUUGAAAUUAAGCUAAAAGAUGCCAACAUUGCAAACAUAAUUGUUAACUUUCUUGCCGGUAUUGGAGGGAGAAAAGUUGAUGAAGCUGUUCGCCGUAUGAUGCAGCAGUUGCUAAACAAUAACUCUGCAAUUUAAUUGUCAGCGAAGGCAGUCAAAAAAAGUGAUAAAAGGAACUGAGCUAUUUCAAGUGAUUUAUAGUGAAUAUCCAUAGUUUUAAAUAAAUUUAGGUAAUAUUUGUCUGCAAUUUUGCUAUUAAAUACAAAUGAACACAUUGUAAAUUAGAUAAUAAUAAUUAGAUAAUAAGAUUGUAUUUUUAAGAUUCAUUUAUAUAUGAGAACGUAAGUUUAGUA